AUGAUAGAUAAUAAUAAUAAUACUAAUAAUACUAAUAAUACUACACACAAAGAUGAAAUUAAAGAAGAAGAAGAAGAAGAUACAAUAACAAUAACAACAACAAUGAAUAGUACAGAACAAGAGAUAGAGGAAAAGGAGAAAGAAAAAGAAGAACAAGACACCAAUAAAGAAAACAAAGAUGGUGAUAAUAAUGAAAGUUUAAAAGAAGAAGAAGAAAAGAAACAAGAUGAUAGUAGUACUACUAUCAGUGAUACUACUGGUACAAAUGAAAAUACCACUACUACUACUACACAAAUACCUACAAUGAUACAAUCACCACCAAUAAUUGGAUCACCAUCGACCAAUACAACACCUGGAUCAUUUAAAACCAAUUUGGGUAAUUUCUUAUCAAACUAUUAUGUCAAUCCUAAACAACCCGCCAUCUCGCUCUACUCUGGUAUCAAGAAUUCAAUCACAAUGAUUAAAGAUAAUCUACCUUCUCCUCCUUCUUUGGUAUCCAAUUCAUUCAAUACUUUGACCAAUCUACCAUUGAUAUCAUUUGUACAAAAUAAUAUCCCUUUUCCAAUAUCAUAUAGUGGUAAACCAACAACAACAACAACAACAUCCUCUUCUGUAAAUACAACAACUACCUCUACAACUACUUCAACUUCUACUAUUACACCUACUACUUCAUCAUAUCACCCAUUAAAGAAUGAAAAUGUUGAAUUAUAUUUUAAUGAAAUCAACAAGAGAUUGGAAUCAUCUGAUCAUUCACAUUUAGUAAUUACCAUUGAUUCAUUUGUUGAUAGUAUCAAUACUCAAAUAAUGAAUUUACAUUCAUCUCCACAGUCGACGGAUGACAAUAAUAUUGAUACACCCAAGGUCGAUUUAAACUCAUCAGCCGUCGUUCCAAUGAUAAAUUCAGAAGUGAUUCAAGGAUUUUCAGAGGAUAUAUGUCAAUCGAUUAAAUCAUUCAUGUCAACGGCACUACCAAUGUUGUUAAACUCGGUGGCUGGUAUACCAUUUCAAUCGGGGGUGGUACCACCACCAAAGGGUCAAUCGACGACACCUUGUAUUCCAUCUCUCUCGUCAAUGACACCACUUGAUCGUGAGAUUGUGGCCUAUGAAUACCUCGAACAAACGAUUACCUCAAAGAUAUAUCGUCGAUUCUUUUCCUAUCCUCCCAACAUUGAAAUGGACACACGACUAUGUGAACACAUCUCCACCUUUCAAUUUAUCACUCCUGCCAACUUGGAUAUCGAUCCCGACCAAUUCAUCAAUCCAAACAACCUCCAACAACAACAAUCAUUUGAACAAAUUCAAGAACAACUACUUAGAAUGACUAGUUGUAAAUCACCUCGUGAUAAAUUAACUUGUAUAAAGAAAAGUUUUAAUUCAAUUUUUAAAUUAUUAAGUUUUGACAAUCAAAAUAAUAAUAACGGUAAUAAUAAUAAUAAUAAUAAUAAUGGUAAAUCAUCAUCAACACCUUCAACUCCAAAAAUCAUUGGAGCUGAUUUAUUAUUACCAAUUGUAAUCUAUGUUUUAAUUAAAUCAAAUUUACCAUUCUUAUUAUCAAAUAUUGAAUUUAUAUCAUUGUUUAGAGAACCAACUUUAAUAGAAUCAGAGGUUAGUUAUUAUUUUGUAACUUUGGUCACUGCUGCCACAUUUAUUCAAAAUAUGACAAUGGAAUCUUUAACUAUUAUUCAUCCAAAUCCAACAACUAAAUCUCCUACCACUACGACUGAACAAUCACCAUCUUUGGUACCAACAACAACAUCAACAAAAAAGGAUGGUCAAGAUAAAGAGAGACAAACAAAAUUAGAUUCAAACAAUCAACAAGAUAAAAUAAUGGAAAUUAAAAAGGAUGAUGAAAAAGAUAAAAAAAUAAUACCAUCAACUACAACUACAACUACGACUCCAUCAAAACCACCAUUACCACAACAACAACAACAACCAUUAUCACCUAGAUCACAACAAGAUGAAAUUAAAUCAAAACAAAAACAAUGGAAAUACUAUAAGAAAACGGCAGAGGAAUUAAGUAUAAAGGAUAUCAAACAAUUAAUGACAGAUUUUAAUCAGUUGGUUGAUUUUUGGUAUGACAAUAAUAAUAGUCAUCAGGAUGAUAACCCUCCUCAAUAG